AUGGCGCCCGAAGAAACGGAGGAUGGCUUCACCGUCUUCCCAAUCCAAAUGCCGGCGGUGCCCUCGUGCCCCAUUACUGCCAUCCACGAAAUUCGACUUCGACGAAACACGCCCAAGAUCCCAACUGCCAUAGAUGGUCGGAGUCUCUUCUUGAAGAAUGUUCCAGUCGAUGCGUCAGAAGCACACUUUCGCGCCGUCUUCAGCCACCUCGUCGGCCCCGGCCGCUUCGAGAGCAUCGCCUUUGAGGGCGAGCGCAGGAGGCGGCUCGAGCUCGAUCCCGCCUCGGCCGCUAAGAUAUCUGCGAUCGUCAAGAAGAGGAAGCGCGAUGAACAGGAGGCCGAAGAGCACGCGCGCGAGGAGGAGUUGGCACUGCUGCCCGAGACGUGGACGCGCAGGAUACACAAGAGCGGCGGCAGCGCCAUCGUUCUAAUGGCCGAUGAGAAGAGUGUCGACCAGGUGCUGAAGGCCAUUGGAAAGGCCAAGAAGAAGAACAAGAUGCCUGUUUGGGGUGAGGGGGUUGCCAGCGACUCACCCGGGCUGGGCGCACCGUGGGUUGCGGCUCACCUGCAGCUGUCGAGGGCCGACAAGGCGGCGACGCAGAAGUCGGUGCACGCCUUCUUCAACGUGUUCAAUCGCAAGGAGAAGGAGGCGGCCGAGACAGCCAAGAGACUGCGGAAUGAGCCAGAUGAGGAUGGUUUCGUCACCGUCACGCGUGGCGGACGCGCAACCCCUGCGACAAAGAACGAGGCCGAGGCGGCACGACAGAAGAUGGUCGACCGUGCGGCCAAGAAGAAGGACGAGACAAAGGACUUCUACCGAUUCCAGCUGCGCGAGAGGCGCAAGGCCGAGCAAGCACUGCUGCUGAAGAAGUUCGACGAGGACAGGCAGAAAGUGCUUGCUAUGAAGGAGAAGAGGGGGAACUUUAGGCCAGAGACUUGA